CGCCGCACGAUACCGCUAGCCCCGCCUCCGCUGCUCCUUACUUCAUAACUUCAUAAUGGCAAAUAACUCGGCCUUGUGUGUCACCAACACUUUAUUGAGCAAUUGAACGUCAUAGACUUCGUUGAUUCCAGCUUCAGAAGAUGAUGAUCUAUAUCGGGACAAAAAUGCACAAACUUAAAUGUGUGGCACCUCUCUUUUCGUCGUUAACGAGGCAGCUUACUUCGAGCCCGUGCAGACAGAACUAUGCGCUUUUGAAGGAAAAGGCUUUCAUCGAUGAUCAGUGGAAACCAUCUGAAGCCGGAGCAACGUUUGAGGUAGUCAACCCAGCCAAUGGACAAACGAUAUGCAGUGUUAGUGACUGCGGCGUCAGUGACGUCGACCAUGCCGUUACUGCUGCAAAAGAUUCCUUCAGAACUUUCAAGGCUGCAACCGCUAAGGAACGUUCUGCACUGUUGCGGAAAUUUUUUGAGCUUCAUACAAAACACAGCGAAGAUCUUGCGCAGCUGCUCACUGCCGAAAAUGGAAAACCCCUACUCGAAGCACGCGGGGAAGUUGCGUACGGCGGUUCCUUCCUAGAAUGGUUUUCUGAAGAGGCCAGAAGAAUCUACGGAGACGUCGUACCUGCUCCUGUCAAAGGCCGAGAAAUGGUCUUCCUCAAACAGCCCGUUGGAGUGACUGCCAUAAUAACCCCGUGGAACUUCCCGAAUGCGAUGAUCACUCGCAAGAUCGGAGCAGCAUUGGCGGCAGGUUGUCCCUGUGUCAUCAAACCUGCCCCCGACACUCCCUUGUCGGCCCUGGCCCUGGCCCAGUUGGCUCACGAGGCGGGCUUCCCACCUGGAACUGUAAACGUAUUGCCCUCAUCAGAAGUGACCACCCCCGAAGUGGGCCUGCGUCUGUGCGAGCACCCAGAUGUUAGGGCGCUUUCCUUCACCGGGUCCUCAGCCGUUGGAAAAUUACUGCUGAAGCAGAGUGCGUCAACAGUGAAGAAGGUUUCCCUCGAACUGGGUGGCAAUGCUCCUUUCAUCGUGUUUGACUCUGCCAAUAUCGGGAAGGCCGUCGCAGGUGCGAUGGCCGCGAAAUUUAGAAAUGCUGGUCAGACAUGCGUGAGUGCUAAUCGCAUACUCGUGCAUGAGGCCGUCCACGACAGGUUUCUCAUAGGGAUGGUGGAAGCCAUUCAGGAAAAACUCGUUGUGGGAGACGGAUUCCAAAACGGCACGACGGUGGGGCCACUCAUCAACGAAAAGGCUGUCUCAAAGGUAGAGCACCAUAUCUCGGAUGCAAUAAGUAAAGGUGGCAAGGUGGUGCUUGGUGGGAAAAGGCACCCAUUGGGCGGGAAUUUUUUCCAACCCACCGUCAUCACAGGCAUUCAGGAUGGGAUGUUGGCUUGCACAGAGGAAACUUUCGGGCCUGUGGCUUCGAUUAUCAAGUUCAAGACAGAAGAGGAAGCCUUGGAACUGGCAAACUCCUCAAGGGUUGGCCUGGCAGGUUAUUUCUUCUCAGAAGACAUUUCGCAGAUUUGGAGAGUGGCUAAAAAUCUGGAAGUAGGAAUGGUUGGUGUCAACGAAGGGAUCAUCUCCUGUGCCGAAGGAGCCUUUGGAGGCAUCAAGGAGUCUGGCCUUGGCCGCGAAGGUUCACGUUAUGGAACGGAUGAAUUUACGGAAAUCAAGUACAUCUGCUUUGGUGGACUGCAGUGAAAAGAAGAAUGUGCAUGUCACGUGCUGUGCUGUGUUCCCCCGUAUCUGAAUCCCCUAUUUUGCUACUACCUGGUCACGCAACCAUGAGCUUGCACCUCUGGGGACUUCACGCUCAGCGUGGUCUCCACUUGUAAAACUACAUGGUGCAACUGUGGAAAGCUGUUCUUCUAUGGGCACCACGAUGGAAGCGCAGUAAGCGAAAUUAGAAGUGGGAAGAACGUUUCUAAAGAGUUUAUAUCUACAUCUAUUAAUAGAAUGGCGCUAAAAUGCACAACGUCGUAUAGAGAUAUCUAGAAAAUUGUUUCAUCGCUUUUGCUUCUUUUUGGAAUUCACCCUUUAUGGUGGGUGUUCACUAACUUCCAGCAAGUAUGAUGAUGAUCAUGUUAAUGAUGAUGAUGAUGAUGAUUGUUGAGCGAUAACCAAAUCAGUAAUUGAGGAAAUGUGCAAAGGUGGUGUUACUCUACGAGGCUCUGUUUUAACAACGUGGGCUACAUGCAUCUCGUAUGUAGCCUCCGAAAACAAUUCAACUCCCGCUUUUUUGAGGCGAGAUAUCACCAUCAUUUUUUAGCCGUAUCCUGUGUUGCUCCUGUUGUUCAUUCUGUGUUGUUCCCUGUGUGUUUGCGGUUGUUUGUCUUGCCCAGACUCAGGUUUCAAGUAUGCUGAAGCUCAUCCUGUGAGAACGCCAUACGACUCGCUUCGAAUUAAGCUGCUUUACGAAGCAUUUUCAUUCGAUUUUCGGGGUGUCAAGACUGUCUAACCGCGUGCGUUAUCGGUCGAAAGGGUAGUGCUGUUGCAUUUUUUUUUCCUACGCGUGUGCUACCUCCGGGAAACAUAUGUCGUACGAUCGGAAAGGGAUCGCACGCUCAAUAGGGUAGCGCCCAUGUAGGUUGGAGGAACGAUACGCUCUGAACGAUAUGCUCUGAACGAUACGCUCUGAACGAUACGCUCUGAACGAUACCAGCGCCUAUCGUUCUCCCUCUAGCGUUGGAAUGCUGAACGUUAGUCCCGCGUUCGUUCGCCGGUGCUGCGCGCCCCCUGGCCGAGACGUUUCUGCCUGUGGCGAUUCUAAUGAUGUUAGAUAACGCGGACUCAGUCCAUUCUGAAGCGAACUGCUUUGUAUCUGUGUUAUCCUUGUGUCUGUAUGCCUUUUCGUAUUUUCUUGAAAGACUCACUGUACCAUGAUAGAGAGCCAUGAAAGGUGACACCAAAAAAACUGGCCUCAACCCCUAUUUCAGAAUGUUUCACACGUGUCACUGGCUUGCAUUAUUUACGAUCCUCUGUGCUCAAUCGAGAACUUCCAUGUUCGCGUCGCCCCUAGCGGCAAAAUGUCGAACAUCUCAUUUCACCCCCGAAUAAACAUGGCGACGCUUUUCGGACUUGCACGUGACGUGGGAUAGUAGCAAUAUAGAAGAUUGCAAGACAAAUGCGGAAAGACUGAAAGUGCUUUGUAGUGAUUAGGAGUACAACGCGUCAUCGAGUCUCGGCCUCAAACGUCCACGUAGCCUUGAAACCGAUUAUCUACUGUGAGCUAACAUAGGAGCCGCCUGCUGGUGGCUGCGCAUGCGCUGACUCGGAAAGGCUCGGAAAAGGUCCUCUGCGCUCUUUUGUGUGUAUUCGCAGUAGGCAUAAGAAGUAUAGAACAAAGAAAAGAAAACAGGAUUCAGGAUGAACCAAUGAAGAUGUUGUGCAAUGAUUGGCUUUCCGUGGAUUCUUAGUCGCAUGGAGGCGUCGUGUUGCCUUACGCGUCGAGUCUCGAUAAAAUGCCACGUGUUCGAAUCCCGGCUCUACUGUCUGGGCGUUUUCUCCGGAUGGUAUAAGGCAAAUGUGGGCACAGGUGCCCGUGAAGUCAGCACAAGACGCACAAUUCGCGCCGAACAGCCGUGUCAAGAACGCGAACAGCUCGGUAAUAACGGCACCACCAUCGACCGUCCCUGGAUGGAGCUCAUCUUUCAUUAGCGGAUAGAAGAAGAUUUAAAGGGACAUGUCGAACAGGUCCACUGGUUUCGAGACUAGAUUUGUAUUCGACUGAAACUUCCAUGCAGAUGCUAUAAGUGAAAUUUACAACGAAACGUCGUAUAGAUCAAUGAGACGUUUUCGUAACUUUUGUUUGAGUCGGAACCAGGGUGUCGUACCGAACCCGUACCCGAACCGUUAUGUUUGCCGGAACUGAACCCGUACCGAAUGUUGGACCCGAACCGGAACAGGACCGAUGAAAAUAACAGCGAUAACCAGUUCGCAACAAAACGGUUCAAACUUAAAAGAAGUCAGCAUAAGAGUCAGGUGUCUCUCAAUCCCCGACCGAGGACACAUUGAUGUCCAUAUCAUGGAAUUCGCGAAUUUUCGCCUAGCAGUCAAGCGAAGACGUACUUUCAAGAAUGUGCUUUCAUCAUCUUUUUUAACACGUUGAGGCGCAGUUGUCCUUGUGAGCGCCACGGCUAGCGCCCCACGCACGCGCUGCAGCAUCUGCUCUUCAGAGCAGACGCUGCAGCAGAGGAGGCGCCACAUGGACGAGGGAAACAGGAAGUAGGCCAGUUGUGUAGAUCUAUAGGACGAAGCACCCAACAUUUCCCUUUACACGUGAGCAGUAAAAAUUAAGCAAGUCAGAAACAUGAGAAGUGGAGAAGGAGUGUACGCCAGGGAAGGGUAACGGUAAUGUUAACGUAAACAAAAACGGUAUGUUACCGAAAUUGGAGAUGGUAACGAUAACGGAAUCGCAUACCACUGUCCUCCAUUACCAGAAACGGAAACGAGAAUUAUUGUCCGAUAUUGAAUUCGGGUAAUGCCUGUUGUGCAAUGACAUUUCAGUGACUUUUCAUUUUAUUUUGUAUUUUGAUGACUCCAUUCCCCGUAAUGCUCCAAAUACUACAUGACAGCAUGGAAACAAAGCGCAAUAUUGGAUAUCAACGUGGUGCAUCGCUCGCGCACCUACUCGUCACAAUGUAUCUAGCCGUCGCCUACCCCCAUGACAUCAACAGAGACUCCACGCACUCUACUCCUCCAUCGCGGGAGGAUGACAGCAUCUUUUUUGUUUACUUUAUUCAUUUCACUGUGGCUAUGGCAGUAUUGUUUACUACUGGGAGCGUCCGCCUAUGAAUGCGACAUUGGAUGAAGGUUACGCCCAUCGUGGGUUACUGGUCUCAGAGUGACUGAAGACAGGAGACUGACUGAACACAUGUUCUUACAGUUCUUUAAAAAUCUUGCAAGAUGUGCACAUCCCAACGACGUAAAAUUACUUGUGUAGUGUGUACGCGUGACACCGAAGCAAAAAAAGAGAUUUUUGUGCCAUUAAGUAGCAGGACUGUACACAGCUAAAGGGGGUACUUGACCACUGAAAACGUCAAUGCAGACAACAGCUGUAAGCUAUUAGCCAUGCAUGUCCUGAUAAAAGCAGUGACAUGGGAGAUAUAAAAAGAAAACUGUUUAAAUUUUGGCAUGGUAGAACCGUAACUGAACCGGAAUGAAAUCCAAGCAACCAGAACCCGAACCAAACCCGUAUUUUUUGCGGUUCGACACUGCAAACUUCGAACACUUCAUACUGUCGCUCUUGGAGAAAUUCGAUGGAAUCUGUACGCGUGGAUUGGUAAACGGCCUUCAGAAACAGGGCUAGUCACCUACAGCGAUCGCAACCCUGGCAGGUGAGUGGAAAACUUCGUCGUAUCACUAUAGCUUUGGUCUCCUAUGUAUCACCUUCGGACCCAACGGAUCUAAUCCAUUAAUUGGGCAUCAGUUUUCUAAACAUCCAGUUCAUGAAUGUGGAUGGCACUUCUACACAAACAUUGAUGACUCUAAAUAGAACCAUGAAGCCAUGAUCAAACCAUAGAGCCUCAAAACCAUUGCAAGCGUGUUUAGUGCAUUCCUGGGCACUGAUACAUUCGCAAUGCACAGUAGGAUCCGGACACUGGUUAGACCAACGUAGGCAUUAACUGAAAACCACGACGACCAAACAAGGCGAAAAGAGUUCUGAAACUGAGUGCAACGACCUGACGGCUGCCGGCGGGACGCAGGAUCUAGACGUGACGUCAGAAGCAGGUUGUCUUCUUCAUUGGCAGACUGGCCUAAAAUUAGGAAAUGGUACAACUAGCGUCAUGCCGCUUGUAGGGAAUGUGCAGGGCGUCCGCUCGGCCCGUUUCGCAUUGGAACAGAGUUACUCAUACCACAGCAAUGCUACGUAGCAAUAAUUUAGCACAAUAGUGUGCCUUGCUCAGCAAUAACAAAAGAUGUUGGGCUUGUUGGUAUGCAUACCACACUAUGGAACGCGCACAAAGGACAACGACAAGGUGCGCCAGUGUUGUCCCCCUGCUUCGUCCUUGUCUUUUGUUCGCAUUCCAUAGUGUCGUUUGCUGAGCAAGUUUCGUACAUCAUUGAAUUGAAUGCACAUCCAUGUUGUUUGCGGUGAUGGCUUGUUUGUCGGAGUGUUUCACCGUCUUCCAGGAUACUGUUGGAGAUAUGCGAGUCAAAAAAUAUCCACUGUUAGCAGGCGGCACAUCUCUCGCAAUGCAGACUACGAUAUCUUGGUCUUCCAGUUUGCUCUCUUGGUGUUUUGUGGAUCGGAAUGGCACAUGAAUACUGAAGCUUAUUAAUUAGUGGCUGUAACCUAGAAGUAAUAAAUUAGUGAGUUUCAGGCCUGCA